AUGUCCAAACGAACCUCCCUCCUCACGCGCACGCGCACAUUAUGCCAAAACUUCUCCACCAGCGCUCCCCUCCCAACGCUCCUCUCAAACUUCACCCAAAACACUCCACCCACAGCCCUGGAACACGGUCUCCCGCAACUCGCCCCCUUCCUCGGGCGCCCAUUCACCGGUCAGGAAGGACUACGACACUACUUCGGACUUUUGUCUGAGCUGCUUACGAUCGAGAAGAUGGAUUUCGAGCCGGAGGAGAAAUGGGUUGUGGAUGAGAGGGCGAUGGCGGUUUCGCUGAGGGGGGAGGCGAGGUUUCGGUGGAAUGAGACGGGGCAGGCUUGGGAUGAGACGUUUGCGUAUCGGAUUGGGCUUUUGGAGGAAGGGGGGGAGGUGAAGGUUGUGGGGUAUGAGGUUUGGGCGGAUACGGGGGCGGCGUAUUUGGCUAGGGUUGGGGGGUUAGAUUAG